CGUACAGCGCAGACGUAGUCCUGUGGUUUGCCGGUCACCUUGGAGCGUUAGGAUGUUUAUUAAAAGCCGCCUCCGCUUCUGUCGGCUCUUCUCUCUCCCGGCCCUUAAAGGGUCUGGGGACCAAGCAGGCCCCCAGUGUGGCGUUUGGCUCUCUCCUCCUCUCCUUCGCCCCAGACUUUCAUCCGUUCUAGAUCAAAGUCAGUCGCUGGGGCCGAAGUCUGGGAAAGCCGGCUCUUUGAGUACACGCCCCCUCCACCGCAAAGACAGUUUUGAUUCCUCAAGAAAGCAGUUCUUCGUCGGGCAUCCGUAACUAAGAAAAUUUGGCCACCUAAAUCCAUGUAGAAGCGCUAAUUUGGCCUGGAAAACCGAGGAGUAAGUGCAGAUUUACUACUCCUUGAGGACCUGGAGAGGACUCCAUUUCCCAGGACCUGACCGUGGUGAAGUCCUGGUUAUAAUUUAGAAAGACGGCCAAUAGUUUUAAAAAGACCGCGCUUGGCCUUGGCCUGAGCGCUGAAAGCGGGUCGAAUUGCCUGGGAAGCCAUGGAAGCUGCUGGGAAAGAGGAAAUCAGUGUUGAAGAUGAAGCUGUGGAUAAAAACAUUUUCAAAGAUUGCAACAAGAUUGCUUUCUACAGGCGUCAGAAACAGCAGCUCUCCAGGAGCUCAACCUAUAAGGCAUCACUAGACUCAGCCACGACAGGCAAAGACAGCACCAAGUUCCGAAUCAUCAAUGAAACAACCAAGGUUCCCCUUCUGGCUGAAAUUUAUGGUAUAGAGGGAAAUAUUUUCAGGCUUAAGAUCAAUGAGGAAAUGCCCCUGAAAACCAGGUAUGAGGUUCCCGAUGUACUCACAAGCAAGCCCAGCACUGUAAGGCUUAUUUCAUGUGCAGGGGAUACAGAUAGUCUGGUAUUGACAGACAGAAAAGGAGAACUGAAGUGUCAUAUCACAGCAAACCCAUUCAAGAUAGAUUUGGUGUCUGAAGAAGAAGUAGUGAUGAGCAUAAACUCCCUGGGCCAAUUGUACUUUGAGCACCUGCAGAUUCCUCUUGAGCAAAGAGCUACCAAAGAAAAUAAGGAGGACACAUCAGCGGACACUUCUCAGGAAGACCAAGACGAUCUGGGCCUGUGGGAGGAGAAAUUCGGAAAAUUUGUGGAUAUCAAAGUUAAUGGUCCUGCCUCCAUUGGUUUGGAUUUCUCCUUGCAUGGAUUUGAGCAUCUCUACGGGAUCCCGCAACAUGCAGACUCACACCAACUUAAAAAUACUAGUGAUGGUGAUGCUUACCGUCUUUAUAACCUGGACGUCUAUGGAUAUAAAAUACAUGACAAAAUGGGUAUUUAUGGUUCAGUGCCUUAUCUCCUGGCCCACAAACUAGGCAGAACUCUAGGCAUUUUUUGGCUCAAUGCCUCCGAAACUCUAGUGGAGAUCAAUACGGAGCCUGCAGUAAAGUACACGGUAACCCAGAUGGGCCCUGUUGCAGCUAAGCAAAAGGUCAGAUGUCGAACUGAUGUGCACUGGAUGUCAGAGAGUGGAAUCAUUGAUGUCUUUCUGCUGACAGGACCUACGCCUUCUGACGUCUUCAAGCAGUACUCAUACCUUACAGGCACACAAGCCAUGCCCCCUCUCUUCUCCUUGGGGUACCACCAGUGCCGCUGGAACUACGAGGAUGAGCAGGAUGUAAAGGCGGUGGAUGCAGGAUUUGAUGAACAUGACAUUCCUUAUGAUGUCAUGUGGCUGGACAUAGAACAUACCGAGGGCAAAAGGUACUUCACUUGGGACAAGAAAAGAUUCCCAAACCCCAAAGGGAUGCAAGAGCUGCUCAGAAGCAAAAACCGUAAGCUUGUGGUCAUCAGUGACCCCCACAUCAAGAUUGAUCCUGACUACUCAGUGUAUGUUAAGGCCAAAGAACAGGGCUUCUUUGUGAAGAAUCAUGAAGGAGGAGACUUUGAAGGGGUUUGCUGGCCUGGUCUCUCCUCUUACCUGGAUUUCACCAAUCCCAAAGUCAGAGAGUGGUAUUCAGGUCUUUUCACUUUCUCUGCUUAUCAGGGAUCUACUGACAUCCUCUACAUAUGGAAUGACAUGAAUGAGCCCUCCGUAUUUAGAGGGCCAGAGCUAACCAUGCAGAAGAAUGCCAUUCAUCAUGGCAAUUGGGAGCACAGGGAACUUCACAACAUCUAUGGUUUUUAUCAGCAAAUGGCUACCGCAGAAGGACUAAUACAACGAUCUAAGGGAAAGGAGAGACCCUUUGUUCUUACCCGUUCUUUCUUUGCUGGAUCACAAAAGUAUGGUGCUGUGUGGACAGGUGACAACACAGCAGAAUGGAGCUACCUGAAAAUUUCUAUCCCGAUGUUACUCACCCUCAGCAUUACUGGGAUCUCUUUUUGCGGAGCUGACGUAGGCGGCUUCAUUGGGAAUCCGGAGGCAGAGCUGCUAGUGCGAUGGUACCAGGCUGCAGCCUACCAGCCUUUCUUCCGUGGCCACGCCACCAUGAACACCAAGCGGCGGGAACCCUGGCUCUUUGGGGAGGAAUACACCCGGCUCAUCCGGGAAGCCAUCAGGCAGCGCUACACCCUCCUGCCCUAUUGGUAUUCUCUGUUCUACUGCGCACACGUGACAGCCCAGCCGGUCAUGAGACCUCUGUGGAUAGAGUUCCCAGAGGAAUUAGACACUUUUGGGGUAGAAGAUGAAUACAUGCUGGGAAGUGCUUUAUUGGUUCAUCCAGUCACAGAACCAAAAGCCAGCACAGUUGAUGUGUUUCUGCCAGGAUCAAACGAGGUCUGGUAUGACUCUAAAACAUUUGCUCAUUGGGAAGGAGCACGUACUGUGAAGGUCCAGGUAGCCUUAGACACCAUACCGGUAUUUCAGCGAGGUGGAAGUAUAGUACCAAUAAAGACGACUGUAGGAAAAUCCACAGGCUACAUGACCGAUUCCCCAUAUGGACUCCAGGUGGCUCUAAGCACUAAGGAUUCUGCCAUGGGUGAAUUCUAUCUCGACGAUGGCCAUUCGUUCCGGUACCUCCACCAGAAGCAAUUCUUGCACAGGAAGUUUUCAUUCUUGUCAGGAAUUUUGAUCAACAGUUGUGCUGACAAAAGAGGUCAUUAUCCCAGCAAGUGUGUGGUGGAGCAGAUCUUUGUCCUAGGCCUCAAGAAACAGCCAUCUUCUGUGACUACCCGUUCAUCUGAUGGUAAAGAUGAGCCUGUGGCGUUUACAUAUUGUGCCCAGAUGUCCACCCUGCGGCUGGAGAAGCUCUCACUGAACAUCGGUGCUGACUGGGAGGUCCAUGUCCGAUGAUGGUGUGGUGCACCCGGGCAAGCAUGGGAAGCGGCCUGCGCCUUUCAGCCUUGCCCUUGGCCUUUUCUGAGAUCUGUGCUGCAUGCUAAUUGACUUCUCUGGCUAAAAAGUGUCCUUCAUUGAUCAUCGGUUUACUAAUGAGAAUAGAUUUCAGGUUUUGCAUUUUUAGAGGCACUAGUUACACUCUCUGUGUCAAACACUACUACUUCUCCUCAAUGCAGAUAGCCCUGAGACAUUUAUAGAGUUCAUUAAUCUUCCUCUGCUUCUUGAACCAUGGCGCUGUGGUAAAUGCUAUGGCCCAAUGAGUAGCUUCUCUUUGAGGACAGCUGAUUGGUUUGUUGUUUGGUGGUGGUGGUUGUCAUUUUAAGGAAACUAUCUUCAGUGGGGGCUCAAACUCACAACCUUGAGAUCAAGAGUCGCGUACUGUACCAGCCGAGCCAGCCAGGUACCCCUGGAUGGGUCUCUUGUAUGUGGGAUGUGGGCCAAGCCCACCUUGUGUGGCCCGUUUGUGGAAGCUUGCCUCAGGCCAUCCUGCAGAGUCAGGAGGGCUACAGCAGCUGAGUUACUCAAGACCUGUCUCCAAGUGGACAGCAGCCUCUGGUACCCCACCCCCACCAACACACAGUUACCCUUCACCCACUUAGACGUGAGCAAAACAACCCUUUUCUGCUGCAGUUCAUACACCGCAGCAACAGAGAGUUACUCUCCCCUACAUAUCGACUCAGAAGCACAAAGGAUUCUUUUCCCUGUUGUGCUUUUUAGGCUUCAAAGUUCAUAAUUCAUCUUCUUAAAAUCCUAAUUUAUAUCAGUUGUUUUUAUUAAGUACUGUUUACUAGCCAUAGAAUAUCUGUAGCAUGAGUAAACUGGAGCGUAUAAUUAAAAAUAAAAUGAAUACCCAUGUUCCCACUACUGAACUUCAGAAAUAGAACACAGGGCUGGAAGAGGGUGAGAUAAGCGAGGUACCUGCCUUGAGCAAAAAAUGUAAGGGGGUAUGGAAAAAUGCAAUCAUCCAAACAAAUGAUAUUUUAAUGCAAUAUUUUUAAAAAUCAAAAUUAAUGCCAAAAAAAUGAACAAAAUAUCAAGAUUUUUAAAUCAAGAUAGGCUCGGUAUUAUUGAGGUUUCCUUUCUUUUAGGCUCCAGUAUGGUUUGGCAUGGGCUAGAACAUUACAAAACACCAGUCCCUCAUGGGGGAGCUGCUGCUCUGGAGCUGCUGGUGACCCCUGCUGCCCGCCACAGCAUCUGUGGGGCAGCCUCGUGUCCUCAGCAUGCCUCAAUCAAUGCACAUUUUCACACGUCCUUCACUGAGCAACUUGCUGACUGCCACCUCUGUGCCUUGUGUUCUCUGGGCCAUGAUACCCACCGCCUUCCCCCCAGCCUGUGCAAAUCUUACCAUCCCUUCAGGCCCGACUCAAAUGCCACCGUUCCAUUAAGCCUUUCUAACUCCCCUAACAGGCCCGUGCCCCUGUACCAUGAGCAGUGGUUUUGCCCAUCUCUAAACUGUUGCUCCACUUAAAAUGUGUGUUCUCCUUCACCUUCUCAAGGAUGGCCCCUUAAUGUUUCAGUCUUGUCUAUCUUGUUCCUCCCCUAGAUUGCAUGUUCCUUAAGAGCAUGUUAUAUCUGGGACGCCCGGGAGGCCCAGUCGGUUACUUGGCUUUCGGUAACUAUUGGCUACAAGUGGUUAACUGGUGGGUUUGGUUGAUUAAAAAAAUGAGAACUGAAUGUAUUUGUUUCUGAUUUACUUUUUUGACAGGAUUCUUCCCUCUAGACAUAGUAGACCUUGUGCAUUUUCUUGUGGACAUGUUUUCUGAUAUCAUUUGAGAUUUGGGCUUUGCACCACAUAUAGGCUCACAUAGACAUUUGCAGAUUUUACAUUAUUUUACAUUACAUUUUCCUGUAAAUAAGUUUUGCAAUUCAGGAGAAAGGAGGAAGGCGACAUUAGCUGAAGCAGUGUUUCCCAGCUUCAUACUUCCCUUAGCAACCUACAGUAAGAACCUGAAAAUGGGGUACUUUUACCUAAUAUAAGUGAUGGCUUUUAAUAGCAUUUAAAGUUGAAUAAUUAAGACCUAUCUUUAGAUUAAUAUUUAUUGCAUUUAUUCUUCCAUGUCAGAUAUUUUGGAGGGAAGGAAUGAAUAAGAACUAGUAAAUUAGUGGUAAACUGCUCUACCUUGACCCAGAAUUAUACUGAAACAGCCACCUAGAGACAGUGAGUGGAAAGAAAUAGUCUAGGUGUUAAUUGUUCUCUGUCCUUACUGCUUCUCCCCCUUCCCCCACCUCCUGUUCCUACAGCUGUGCCCCAGAGCACUGUGUCAGGGUGAGUUGACCUGCAGGUGUUUGGUUACCUUGUUGUGGGUAAUUCUUGACACGUUCACUCAGGAAAUGGGAUUUCAUGUAAGAAUUUGAAUAACAUCCACAGAGGUUGAAACAAAGCUCUCAAAUGCAUAAUGUGUCUUUACUUAAGGCUUCAAUGCCAAGGAAUGAGUUGACAAAUUAGUUUAAAAUCAGAAACUGCCCAACAGAAAAACAGACAAAGGUAAUUUGCAAAAUAAAGUAAAAUAGACAAAACAAGCAUGAAGGGUGCUCAGCCUCAUUAAUAAUAAAAAA